CCCUAUAUAUAAGGCAAGAGCGUAUGUCCUUACUACCGCUGAUCGAAACCCUAGCGGCCACCAAAGCCCUAGCUGGCUCUGCUUUCCUCUUCCCUUCGCUCGAUUUAUCAAGAUGGAUGUUGAGAAGCUCAGGAAGAUGGCAGGUGCCGUUCGCACUGGUGGGAAGGGCAGUGUGAGGAGGAAGAAGAAGGCUGUUCACAAGACCACAACAACAGAUGAUAAAAGGCUUCAGAGCACUUUGAAACGGGUUGGCGUAAAUGCUAUCCCCGCUAUUGAGGAGGUCAACUUUUUUAAAGAUGAUUAUGUUAUUCAGUUUUUCAACCCCAAAGUUCAAGCUUCAAUUGGGGCCAAUACCUGGGUUGUUAGCGGUUCCCCUCAGACGAAGAAACUUUCGGAUCUGUUGCCAUCUCUCUUGAAUCAACUUGGACCUGAUAACGCGGACAAUCUAAGGAAGCUCACCGAGCAAUUCCAAAAGCACGCCCAAAGCGCCGGAGCUAGCAAACCAGAGAAUGACGAUGACGAUGAUGUCCCUGAGCUUGUUGCCGGAGCAACAUUUGAAGGUGUAGCUGAUGAGAAGCCGUCUUCGUGAAAAGAUAAAGAUCUGUAAUCGAUCAAAUUUAGAUUUGAUUCCUUCUGAUGUUCAAUGUGUUAAUAUAUCUCCCAACAUAUAGCUAAGAGCAACAAGAAGCUGUUUAGACAUGACAGACAUAAUUUUGCUCUGGUUGUGUUUAAUUUGGACGUUUCUUCGGAGUGAACUUUUUUUCUGCAAUUUUUAUUUGCUGUCAUGAAUAUCCAAUUAAGAUGGCUGCGGUGUUUUGGAAAGUAAUAUGAGGCUUCUGGAUUGUCAA